AUGUCGAUCGACACCGGGUCGAUCGACGACGCGAUCGAGCGUGGAAAAUUCAAAUCGACGCAACUACGAGGCUCGACGUUCUUCGUCGCGUGGAGCGGCGUGCUCACGCUCGCGUGGAGCGGGUGGACGAAAGAGUUGCGUCGGUUAAAACAGACUUUGAACUCCGAGGUCGAUCCCGCGUUACAGCGUGAGAACCCAGGGUCGGCGUGGCCGAAAACGUCCAUCGCGUGUGUCGCCGACGACGCGCCAGCGAUGUCGAGGGAGGAGUACGACGCGCUUCGGGCGGUGAUUGGGAAGUUUCGCGAGGCGGUGACGGAGGCACGAGCGGACGUGGACGAGCUCAAAGUUGUCGUCUUCGGCGCGAGGUGCUGUGAGAAGAGAUUGAGCGUGAGGAAGACGGUGCGAUUUGAGAGUGGAGACGCGGACGAGUGCGCGAUCGACGAAGAGAGUCGAGCGUAUGUGGAUAAAGUUGUGAAAGAGGGAGACGCAGUCAAUUACCUCGAGCGUGUAAACCAACCUGGACAUCGCGAGAGUCAUUAUUGCUCUGGAGCCGGAGUGACGCUGGUUCAAGACUGCGGGGACACCAUAGGACGACUCGUCGAUGCGUUCCGGGCAGAAGUUGACGCGAUCUUACCGGGUAGGUACCGUUGGUUCAAUCGCGAAUGUUUACACAUCACCAUUCGCGGACUGGUCAACUGA